ACCACCUCCCGAAAUGCCCUCCUCUACGUUCGAACUCCCAGCCCCCCUCUCCUCUCUACCGGCUGUCACCCACGCCGAACCUCUCACCCUGCUAGGCAUUGGCUUUGGUCCCACCCACCUCGCCCUCGCCGCCGCCUUUCAGGAAACCGUCGCUGAUAGUGGGGACAAGAUGUGCCUCUUCCUAGAGCAGAAGCACGCCUUCAGCUGGCACGAUGCACUCUUACUGCCGCAAUCCAAGAUGCAAAUCAGCUUCCUCAAGGACCUCGCAACCUUCCGCAACCCGACUUCACGUUUCACGUUCCUGUCGUAUCUGCACUCCCGCGGCGUCGAUAGGCUCGCGCAGUUCUCCAACGUAGGAUCCUGGACCCCGACGCGGGUCGAAUGGGCGGGUUACCUCGCUUGGGCCGCCAAGCAGCUCGACGAUAUCGUUCGUUACUCCCAUCGCGUCCUGGCCGUUGAGCCCGUCCUUCCCGAUGCUGGAUCUGGAACCAAGCCGGCAGUCCGCUUCCUGAAGGUCACCGUGCUCGACACCCUAACUCAGACCAUCCAUAUAUACGUCACCCGCAACCUCUCCGUCGGCACGGGAGCCACGCCUUACGUUCCGCCCAUCUUUGCCCCCAUCAUUUUGUCGAGUCAAACUUCAUGCCCUGGUGGGAGUUUGAUCAGCGCAAAGGCCACAGAGGAUACCGCUCCCCUCGUUCACACCUCCUCGUACCUUCCUACGCUCAGGCGUCUGUUCGGUGAGGAAGCGUCCAGCACAACGUUCGACGGGAGGUUCGCCGUGGUUGGAGGCGGCCAAUCGAGCGCGGAGGUUUGGAACGACCUUGGUAUUCGCUUCCCUCGCGCCAGGGUGGAUAUGGUAUACAGGGCCAGUACGAUCGUCCCCGCCGAUUCGACUCCCUUCAUCAAUAGUCGGGCGUUUGACCCCAGCUCGACGUCCAAGUUCUUCUCUCUGCCCGGUAAAGAGAGGGGUGGCCUCCUUGUAGAACUCCGCAGGGCAAACUAUGCUUGCGUCGAGCCCGAGCUGCUCGAGACCAUGUACAGGACACUGUACAAGCAACGCGUAGCGAAGGACAUUGCCCUCGUACGCGGAGACGUCAACGAGAAAGAGAUCGAGAGCCUCGAGCAAUACCGCAUCCUGGCGGGCACGGUCGUCGCCAACGUGCAAGUCAACUUCUCCGCCCCGCACACGGCCGAGCAUUCCGACGAAGACGUCCACCAUACCCAUGGGCCUCUAGACUCUGUCGCGAUUUCCCGCACCUCUUCGCGCUCGUCCACGGACUCUCGCCUCUCGUCGUCCGUUGACUCGCGCUCGCCGUCGGUGUCACGUUCCGCAUCCGAACACGAAGACUCGACGUUGGCGGGCUCGCACGUGUUCGGUCAAGCACCGUCUAUUACGCUAAGCUAUACCUCGGCGCUCUCGACUCAGAUGCAGCCUACGCCGGCGUCUGAGACGUACACUGCGGUGUUCCUCGGUACUGGCUACCACCGACCGCCCUCCUCCCUCGCGUUCCUCAAACAUGUGGGACAGUACGCCCCGAACCUUCAUAGGUUCCUCAAUAAUGGCGGCGAGGACGAGGAGGAUGGGAAGGUGUACAAGCACUGGCAGGAGGACCUCGUAGGGCGGGACUACUCCGUGAACUUUGAGAACGAGAAAUACGAUUGGCAAAUCGGCCUGUUCCUGCUCGGAACCAACGAACGAACGCACGGCCUCUCCGAUUCGCUCCUCAGCGUCGGGGCGGUCAGAGCCGGAGAGGUCACCGCCGCGCUCCGGGGGCUUUGAAUGGGACACUCUGGACCAUACGGACGGUCUGUUGUCCACUGAAAAGGAUGUGCUCAUUUUCUUGAUGUCUCGGUGUGGGAAACGCAGGGCAGUAUACGCGGAUGCGGAUCUUCUGUACAUACUAUGAGGCUUAUCGAAGGAUCGGUUUCUUGCACGG